GCAGCAGAGGCACAGAAGGAGACUGCGAGAGGAGCAAGGAAUUACACACAAAAACAGCAAAACCAGAACACCCUCCCCUGGACACACCCUGCUGAGGAUCACUGUUUCUCUUUUUUCUGAAACAUCGCCCACGCCACUCGGAGAGAACGCUCUCCCUCAUCAUCAUCCAGUAGAAAACUCCUUUCUCCUCAUUUUCAUCCUAUAGAGGACACCUACAAUCUCAAAGGGCUGAGAUCCCUUGGCGAAGAUUGUAUUUUUUUCCUUUUUUUCUUUUUUUUUCUUUUAAUUUUGACUCCCAACAUAACAUAAAGGUCAUAUAAUAUAAAGGCCUAAGAUCACAGAGAUUCAUCCUUCAGCUUCAAGACCAGUGGAAAAAGGACCUAGAUUUCUUUCAUUGUACGUCAAGAAUGGUUACUCAGAUAAUCAGCACCAUGGAAACCCAGGUGUCCAACGGUCCAAGCGGAACCAGUCUCCCCAACGGCCCAGUCAUUAGCACAAAUGGCUCUACAGAUGACAGCAAAACCAACUUGAUCGUCAACUAUCUGCCUCAGAACAUGACCCAGGAGGAAUUUAAAAGUUUGUUUGGUAGCAUUGGAGAGAUUGAGUCCUGCAAGCUAGUCAGAGACAAGAUCACAGGUCAGAGUUUGGGAUAUGGCUUUGUAAACUAUGUUGAUCCAAAUGAUGCAGACAAGGCCAUCAACACACUCAACGGCCUCAAAUUGCAGACUAAAACAAUCAAGGUGUCAUAUGCUCGGCCAAGCUCAGCAUCUAUUCGUGAUGCCAAUCUUUACGUGAGUGGACUCCCCAAAACCAUGAGCCAGAAAGACAUGGAACAGCUGUUUUCCCAAUAUGGUCGCAUCAUCACAUCCCGUAUUCUUGUAGACCAAGUUACAGCAGGCAUAUCACGAGGGGUGGGCUUUAUCCGGUUUGACAAACGAAAUGAAGCAGAGGAGGCCAUCAAAGGACUGAAUGGACAGAAGCCUUUGGGUGCUGCUGAGCCCAUAACAGUCAAGUUUGCCAACAACCCCAGCCAGAAGACAGGUCAGGCCUUAUUGACUCAGCUGUACCAGACUGCUGCGCGCCGCUACACAGGACCUCUGCACCACCAGACUCAGCGUUUCAGUGUGAUCCCUUCACUUGGAAAGGGACCAGAUCCAAAUAACAGCUCAAACACAAUACUCGACAAUUUACUAAACGCCAGCUACGGAGUAAAGAGCUCUCCUACUCUCUUCCCCAGAUUCUCACCCAUCACCAUUGACAGCAUGACCAGCCUGGCUGGGGUCAACCUCACUGGUCCAACUGGAGCUGGCUGGUGCAUCUUUGUGUACAACCUGUCCCCCGAAGCAGAUGAGAGCGUGCUGUGGCAGCUUUUCGGGCCUUUUGGUGCCGUUACCAAUGUCAAAGUCAUCCGUGACUUCACCACCAACAAAUGUAAGGGCUUUGGCUUUGUCACCAUGACCAACUACGAUGAAGCUGCCAUGGCUAUCGCUAGCCUUAAUGGCUACCGCCUCGGUGACCGUGUGCUGCAGGUUUCCUUCAAGACCAGCAAGCAGCACAAAGCCUGAAAGAGAGGCUGCUGGUACCAGCUCGUUCGACCUACAGGGAGACAUACCUGAACUCCCUGUGUCAUCACUCUACAUGGGCCUGGACUGAGUCUCUCUCUGACAUACUCACACACAAAUUCAUAAAAUGGAACCACAGACACAAACAUACAGAUACACAUUAACAUGCACACAGAUUGCAUAAACAUACUCAAGCAUACACAAGUCAGAGUUUCAAACAAAUACACUAGUGGAGUUUUUCUUUUCUCUUUACACAACAUACUAGUCCUUCCCUGUAUUUGCCUGGAUUGAAUUAGAAGGCGUAUGUAGCUGGUUUGUGGGGUAGGACUAAGAUCUAUCUAUUUAGGAGACAGUCUAACGAAUGUGACAGAGAAUGUGUAUUGAGUGCUUUGAUUGAAUUCAGGCAAAUAAUGACAACUGAUGAGCAAAAUUAUCAAAAAUUUAAGUGAACGAAUAUGUGCAAUUUACCCAAACCCCACCAUCUCUCCCAUUAUCUUGCCGGAGAGGAUGUAGUCACUUUUUUUUACACUUGGGCAUUUUGAAUCAGCGAUUUUUUUAGAUCAAAGAAAAUGAAACUAAAAACAGUGUUCUCUUAUAUACGUCUAUUAAAAUAUAACUAUAUAUUCAAUAUUUAGGGUGGUUAUAAUAGCCGAGUAUGUAAGCAUUUUCUAGAAACUUUGACUACUGUUUCCUGACCUGCAUUAGGUGGUGCCUAGCUUAAAGGCAGUUUCUUUAUCAUAUCUGAGCUUGUCAGCUCAGACCCAAUAUAAUUUAGUAUAACUAAUGAAAGAAUACUGGUCACAGCAAAGAGUAGUUUGAAGGCCAUCAUAAUCACUCUUUCCGUCACAGUCACACCAAACGUCACAACAAAACACUUUCGUAUCACAGAAACACAGUUCAGUAACUAGAAAGAUUUACACAUAUUUAGUCCUCUAAAGCUGUAUUUUUUUUCUAAUCUUAUCCACAUGAUGGAUUUAAUACAGGCAGACUGUCUGUGAACUUAGAGCAGAACGGCAGCAUUCCCAUGGCGACGAUGUUCAUUAGUAAUUCUCUGCUGGGCAAAAGAGUGAGAGUGUGAGGGGAAAACCUUCUCAUCAUAACACAGCCACAACAAAAAGAAAGUACCGGUGUUUUUAAUUUUUUUGCAUCCUAUUCUGAUUGCACCUGUAUUAUUCAUGCUCUAUGGACUGUUUAAUUUUGCAAGGCUUUAUCAGAUCAAAAUCUGAUGCAAGAUGACAAUUACAGGCCAGUUAUGAUGUCUGUGCUUGAUAUUUUCAUUUUGAAUGUUACGAGAAGUGGCUGAAAAAACCUGAAAAAAUGUUUAAAGCACCACAGCCAUUGGCAGCAAUAAUCUACGCAGGGAUGCAGAAAAGUAAGGAUGUAAAAGCGCCGGUAUCAUUCUUCAGUUUAGUGCAGACAGAAGCUCCCUGGAGGUCAUAUUUUACAUUUCAGUAGAAUACAAGGGCUCUUUG